GCUGCGACCUUGAUGGUCCUCAUAUGAGUGAUGUGGUCACAUAGAUGCAUCGAUGAGUCACGUCACCUAUUUAUCCACACUUGCAUCAAACUUAUAAGCAAGACAUUUAGAAUCAGAUGCGCAUAGUCCGGCCUCCGUUCCCACUCGUUCCUAACCAACACUUGUGCUUCCACCUCCAUUCAAAUGGCCUUGACAGAAUCCUUUUAUCCGAACAUCUCUUCACCAUUGUUAGCGGAAUCUGACACAGCUCUCCUGGACGUUCUCACCAGCCCUCGAUGGCAAGGCGUGCAGAAAUUCUCCAGAAGGGAUGCUGCUUUAGAUCCAUUAUUACUUGCAGUAGCAGCCUCUGCAGGCGCCCGCACCACCCGAAAUCAUUAUCAUCAUGAUUUCUUUCCCGGUGCCCAAGCCGAUGCCGUCGCGCGUAGCAAGCGGGCUGCAGAGGAUACAAACAAGCCUCAGGAGCGCAAGCGUAUGUCAUAUGUGAGCAAGCAAGGCCCUCGAAGACUGCGCUUGCAGCCCACCAUUUCUCCGCAACCAGCUAUAGCCUCUCAAUCCAUUUCCUUGGCUGGAUCAUCACCCAUAUCCUCUAUAGAAGUUAAAUGCAUGGCUCGUACCCGUAUACCCACGCCACAUGGUCCGGCUUUCUUACACCUCUACCACAAUAACCGUGACAACAAGGAGCAUCUUGCCAUUGUCGUAGACCCGGCGCAAUACUCGGACGAUAGUUCUGUUCUAGCACCGCCAAUCCGCAGCCGUUCUUUAGACGCUGUUUGGAGUGAUGACGAAACAGACAUGGACCGUAUCAUACGAGGGGCAUACGUAGGAAAACUAUCUGCUACAUCCCAACACCCAUCUCGUCCUUCCUUACAUCAACCAUCUCCCACAACCUCCAUCCCGUCUCCCCUUGUUCGUAUUCAUUCCGAGUGUUUCACUGGUGAAACAGUGGGCAGCAUGCGCUGCGACUGUGGCGAACAGCUAGAUGAAGCCAUUCAUCUCAUUUCUCAACCAAUAUCUCUUCCCGACAACGUAUCACCCAAUUCAAGGUCGAUGCCCGGCCGCGGUGCUGUAAUUUAUUUGAAGCAGGAAGGUCGUGGAAUCGGCCUUUUGUCCAAAAUACGCGCCUAUAAUUUGCAGGAUUUGGGCCACGACACCGUCACAGCCAAUUUGAUGCUCGGCCAUCAGGCCGAUGAACGUGGGUACGAAAUUGCCAUCGCCAUUUUGCGUGACCUUGGGCUUGGUUCGGAGCUCGGCGAGGGUGUUCGGCUAUUGACGAACAACCCUGACAAAGUUCAAGCUCUUGAGAAGGAGGGCCUGAGGGUUGCAGAGCGGGUGCCGAUGGUGCCUAGAAGCUGGAAACAUCGGUCUCACUCACAAGCGGACUCGGGAGAGGCUCAACUGGGUAAAGCCGCGGGUGCGACUAUGAUCGGUGGAGAGGCGGUCAGAGGGGAGGACUUGGACAAGUACCUCCGCACCAAGAUUCUCCGCAUGGGGCAUAUGUUGCCGCUCUAUUUGGCAGGCGAGCAAGCCGCAUCAUGACGCAACUCCACGUCGCUCCUUCCGCACAGAUAAUAUGAAGAUAAUAUGCAGGGGAUUUGACGCGACUAUCAUUAUCAUCUAUUUACCCUGUGUUUCUUGGCUGUCCUUAGAUAGAGUGUAUUCAUUAAUUGUACUGGUAGAUGAAUUCGAGGACUUAAAAACUUUCAUAGUUGCUUAUGUGAUCUAGUAUUAUCGCAUCCAAUUGGGGC